AUGUCAACUUAUCAAAACCCCUCAACAUCCGCAUCAACUACUCGACCCAGUCAAUUUGUUUCCGAACAAGAUAAAGCCGAUAUCCACAUUCUACGAAACACAAAAUAUCCGGGGGCGAGGAUACGUAGUUUUCUCACCUCCAAUGUUCCGGUUUAUGUUGACUUGUCUGAAGUCGCCUUAGAUCGUAACUUACCUGAUGAUUUUCUAUAUACCUUUCCUAGACGUGAUGGAACAGUUACACACGUUCGAAUCACUCGGGAGAAACCCCUCGAAGGAGAGAAUUAUGGGGACGGAGUGAGAAGGUAUUUGUUGACUGAGAAAAGGACUUCUAGAGUGGUAACUACUUGUGUGGAUGAGGGUCUGACUUUCCAAGAAGGUGAAAGGGAAGUUUAA